AUGAGUACAUCAAUCAAUCUCCCAUCGGAGCUUGAUAUUGAUAUGAUUAUUCAAUGGAUUAAAUCAGAGUGUUCGCGACCGAAUUUCGAUUCGAACUCGCCUGAGUUUCAAGCUGCAAUUGCAGUUGUGGCUGCAAAUGAUAGAUUCAGGCAAGCGGAUUCUCUAAAAAUUCUCAAGCCAGAAGAAACAUUUCUUCAUGAUACCGAAGAAUCAAGUCAGGAUACUGUUACAAAAAUGCUUCGUGUCGCAAUGUUUAGAAACGUUAUUCGCAAAUAUCAAGUUCCGCCUCAAAUACAGCGUGGCGUCAUGCCAAUUCCAACGAAAGAUCAGCCAGUUCUUACUGAUAACUCUGUUUCUUCGUUGCAAUAUUUAACACCGCAUACUCAAGCAAAAGCCAUGCAGCCCACAGCAUUGAAUGCGUUCAGAGCGGCAUUCCUCAAUGGCGAAGGCCAGCCUCCUGAAUUCCUUGCUGAAAGGAGAAUGGCAAUUCUUGUUGCUGCGAAGGCCCAAAAGGGCCAAAAUGAAGCUGGCAAGAUGACAGCCGCUUAUAGUGACGCCGUCAUCGCUCCAGAAGUCAAAAUCAUUUCAGCGUAUAAAGAACAACUUAAAUUACGUCAGGAUGUAGUUAAAUUCACUUUGGAUCCAUUAGGUUAUAACCUUCCUGAUUACGCAUCUCGUAUGCUAGUUUCGAAGUCAGAAAACUAUCAUACGAUAUCUCCACAACAUAUCGGUAUCCAUGCGGUGUAUGACAUUGUCACCAGCGUUGAGAGAUCGAAGAAAUCGACUAGGAUGAAUUUACUUCAGCAGCAAGCAAAUCUUUUCCGAAAGAAUCUUAAUUCGAAAUUUAAAUCGCUUGCUGAGCUCAACCAUGCACUUUCCAUCAAAUUCAAGAACUCCGAGAAGGAAAAGAAGGGCAAGAACAGCGAAUCAGCCCGUUUGCAAGCUCUUAGAAAGAAUAAUUUCGAAGAAUACCGUCGACUCGUCGAUCAGAUGAAAGAUGAUCGUAUUAAGAUGCUCUUAGAGAAAACAGAUAAAUACAUGAAAGAUCUUACCGAAAAAAUCAAAACUUCGAACGCUACAAUCACAGAAGGCGCUACAAGCUCGAAUCCUUACAAUCUUGGCUUGAAACCUCAAGAAAAUGUUACACAGCCUCAGCACCUCAACGGACAACUCAAAGAUUACCAAUUGAAAGGUUUACAAUGGCUUGUUUCAUUGUAUCUUUCACAUCUCAACGGAAUCCUUGCCGAUGAGAUGGGUCUUGGUAAGACAAUCCAAAGUAUCGCGUUGCUUGCCUGGCUGAUGGAAAAUCGAAAAGAUUACGGACCUCAUUUAAUUUGUGGCCCUCUGACAACAUUAUCGAACUGGUAUAGCGAAUUUAACAAAUGGCUACCCGCAUUCAACGUCGUACAGUAUACAGGAACCCCUGCGGAGAGAAAACAAAAAGCAAAUUCAUAUCUCGUUAGGGGAAGCAAUGUAAACGUUGUUUUGACUAGCUACGAGUUUGCUACCCGUGAUAAAGCUACUCUUGGCCGCUUGGAUUACUCCUAUCUGAUUAUUGAUGAAGCCCAUCGUCUUAAAAACGACCAAGGCAAGCUCGGCCAAGCUCUCAGCGCCUACAAAUGCGGGAACAGAUUAUUGCUUACAGGUACGCCCCUUCAAAAUAACCCUAGAGAACUUUGGUCGUUAUUAAACUUCGUUUUACCGAACAUUUUCAACGAUCACUCCCAAUUCGAAGAGUGGUUCUCCGCUCCAUUCUCCAAAGCAGGCGGAGACGUCUCAUUAACCGGAGAAGAACAGUUCCUUGUUAUAUCCCAACUUCAUAACGUCCUUAGACCCUUCCUUUUCCGUCGUACUACCGCGCAAGUUGCCACAGAGCUUCCUAAGAUGCGCGAAUGCAAGCUUUUGUGCGCGAUGUCCGCUUGGCAAAAAGUUGUAUACAAUACUUUAGUUACAGAGUCAUCUGUUGUUCAUUCCAUGGACCACAUCCAACGCCUUGAUAACACGACCAUGCAGCUCCGUAAAUGCUGCAACCAUCCCUACUUAUUCUACGAUACAUGGUUUGUAAACUUGGAUUUAGUUAGAACAUCCGGAAAAUGCGAAGUUCUCGACCGAAUUCUUCCGAAACUCAAAGCAACAGGCCACAGAAUUCUCAUUUUCUCCCAAAUGACAGAAGUAUUAACAUUAUUACAAGAUCUUUUGACAUGGAGAGACUACAAAUACCUUAGAUUGGAUGGCAACACCAAAUCAGACCAACGCCAGCAGCUCAUUGCCGAUUUCAACAAAGAAGAUUCAGAAUAUUUCAUCUUUUUGUUGAGUACUCGUGCAGGAGGCCUUGGUUUGAAUCUCCAGACCGCAGAUACAGUUAUCCUCUACGAUAACGACUGGAAUCCUUUUGCAGACCAGCAAGCGAGGUCAAGAGUCCACAGAAUUGGCCAAGAAAAACCGGUUUUGGUCAUUUCACUUGUCACUGCCGGUUCCAUUGAAGAGCGCGUUGUCGAAAGGGCCGAUGACAAGAAGACUGUUGAAAACAAGAUCAUAGAGAUCGGCAGGUUCGAUGAUUCCUCCAAUUUGGACGAGCGAAAGAGAUUGUAUCAAAGAUUGGUCGACCAAUCAACGACAGAAGACAAUUCCGGUGCACAUUCUAGCGAGCAAAUCAACAGGAUGAUUGCAAGGAGUCCUGAAGAAUACGAGAUCUUCCAGAAGAUGGAUGUCGAGCGAAACCAGGCCCUUCAGAAACAAUGGAUCGAUGCGGGAAGACAAGGAAAAUAUCCUUCAUUGAUUACGUUCGAAGAAUUACCUGAUUUCUUAAAAGUGCCAUUUUCUGUUUUGAAAAAGGAUGAAUCUUUGCCUUCUAUCCGCAAAUCUAGGUCUUCUACUUUCUCCAUCGCAAAGCUUGAGAACAUGACUGAUAGCGAGUACACAAGGAUGAUUGAUAGAGGUGAAGAUCCAACAGAUCACAUCGAAGAAAUAGAAGUAAGAAAUGAACAAAUGUCAAAUUUGCUUCAAAAAGUCAAAACCGUUUGUCAAUCUUAUUUCGAUGUUCUUCCAACACCAGAACAGAACCCGAUCUACUACCAGGUGAUAUCCAAUCCAAUAACAUUGUUGCAGAUAUCGCAGAGAGUAAGCGGCGGAGAUUACGACACUUUGGAUGAUUUCGUCGCCGAUUUGAGAUUGAUGGCAAACAACGCACAAAGAUUUAAUGAAGUUGAGUCUAUUUAUUACUCAAUUGCUUCUCAGAUACUACAGAUGUGCGAUGAAGCCGUAAAUAAAGGAACUGUACAGAGAGAAAUACAAGAAUCUGAAGAACCAAUUGAUUUCGAUUGA